UUUUGCAGAUUUCACAUCUCUGUACACUCUUGAUUGCUACAUACAUCUAAUCACAUUCAACCCAUUACUUUGCAAAGUUUGUCAAAUAGCAGUUUCGGAUAUAACUUUAAGGCAUUGUUCCAGUGAUAGAAAUAUAAUGGAGUCAAGCCAGACAGCGUCACUUUACAUAUCCGAGCUUCUUGAUCGCCUUGGAUACAGCUACAACAUGAUAAAAUAUAGACAAAGGAUGUUUGCGGAUGCCGACAGGUAUUGUAACUCCCGGUAUCAUAUACGUGUUACUACCGGCGGCAAAGGGGAAGGGACAACCUUGUAUUACGAAAGUGAUGUUGACUACAUGUUUGUUGCCCGGGACGUUAUUUGUGCGGACCACCCACGCGAAUUUUGUCAUCAAAGAAACACCACACUUAUUCAGACUGACCAGCUGGACACGGCACCAGGAUAUACCACAUUAAAAUUAUCAAAAUUGAACGGAAAAUGCUAUAAACCAUCAAUAAAAUCAGCUCUCUUAUUCUCAGAUACAAACGCAAAAUAUGUGUCAAGUGAUCGAUUUACUCUAGCGGUCAAACAAUUUGUACGGAGAUGGCGCAUACGAUCUGGAAUUACAUCUCAUGUAAGACAUGGUCCAUCUAACCCAUCGUCUUUCAGGCACCUCAUGGUUGAUAAUAUUAGAUGUUUCAAAUGUGUCUGCCCGGAUAUUCUUAAACGUUGGGUUUUGCGACACAGGCCUCAUGGAUGGCCUUCACCAAAGGACGUGCAGACAAUAUCUCGACUGGAUGGUCACGUGGCUCCAGUUGGAAUGAAGGAAUCUACUAACGCAUAUAUGGAAUGGAGAAUUUGUUAUACAUUGGCAGAGUUAUACCUGAUGAAACAUUUAAAUGAAACACAGUUAAAAGUAUAUAUCAUUCUUAAAAAAGUGUCAAAGUCUGCUUUUCAGCCGAUUUGCAAGGAUAUCACAUCAUAUCUUAUGAAGAAUGUAUUUUUUUGGGUAUGUGAAAUAAAAGGUGUAGAAAAGUUUGUGCCACAUGCCUUGACAGAAAGAAUAAUAGAUUGUCUGAAAUAUCUAAAUCAGUGUUUGAAUGAGAACUAUCUACCCAGUUACAUGAUACCAGACAGGAACCUGUUUGCCGGAAAGCUGGAUAUGCAUCAAAGAAAGCAAGUUUCCGAUCUGCUAGUUACAUUCCUUGACGGAGGCAAAAUGUUUCUGAUAUGUGACAAGUUAAGAAAUGGCAUGGUAAUUAUGUAUAAAAAUCCGGAAAUUUUAAGAGAAUUCGGAGAGAGGAGAGAUAAUCUGGAAAUACUGGUACUGAUUAAGACAUUGAUUAUUUCGAUGUUUUACAGACCAGGUAAGUCUCUUAAAGACGUGGAAAAGGCAGCGUCACACAAUGAGCAAUAUCGUAUAGUUAACAGACAAAUUAAUCGGUUGAUGGGUUUUGAUCCCCAUGAACUGAGGCGGAUGGGGAGAUCAAAUCAGGAAAUCACGGACGUUUUAGAGGCUAAAGUUAGUCGGCUUCUUUCGUGAAGGACAAACAUUCGGUCUAUAGUUACCUGAAAUAAAUAAGCGCUAUAUACCAGGGAUGCUCGAAACGUUGUUGUUAUAAGUUUUUGCCAACGAUAAUAAAUAUGCCAGAUUAUAGAUAUGUUAUGUAAGAAAUGUAAUAUUAUUGGUUACCAAAAUUGGGUAACGAAAGUAAGAUUAGAUUUAUACAGAAAUGGAUCUGGGUAUGUUUGGGAAAAUUAGAAUGUGUCAAAACCCUGAAUUUUAUCUAUGUCGGUAUUUACAGCGAUUAAAGGAUCACUAUUUACAAGAAUGGCCAGAAGAAUGUAAUAGCAAUGCUAAGUUGAUUUCUUAUAGGUAUCUUAAAACAAUUUUUAUUUAUGAAAGGUAUCUUGAUAUGUUAGAUAUUAAAUUAUAGAUAUGCUUUCAGUACUUUGAGAAUAUCUUUUUUACACCCACUUAUGACUGAACAGGGUCGUUAUUUUGGCAAAGACAGAGACAGGAGAUUUUGCUUUCAUUGCAAAUAUGUUUUUGUAAAUGUAUGCUAUUUUAUAUUGCUAUGUCCUUCGUAUAAAUCAC